GCGGGCGGGCGUGAUGCCGCUGAAGGCGGUGAUCCUCAUCGGGGGCCCGCAGAAAGGGACCCGGUUCCGGCCGCUGUCCUUCGAGGUGCCCAAGCCGCUCUUCCCGGUGGCCGGCGUGCCCAUGGUGCAGCACCACAUUGAGGCCUGCGCCAAGGUGCCCGGCAUGAAGGAGAUCCUGCUGAUGGGCUUUUACCAGCCCCACGAAGCCCUCAGCCGCUUUCUGGUGUCGGCACAGCAGGAGUUCAAGAUCCCCAUCAGGUAUCUCCAGGAGUAUGCGGCGCUGGGCACGGGUGGUGGCAUCUAUCACUUCCGAGACCAGAUCCUGUCAGGUGGUGCUGAGGCCUUCUUUGUCCUCAACGCAGACGUGUGCUCAGAGUUCCCCUUGCAGGAGAUGCUGGAGUUCCGGCAGCAGCAUGGGGACGCGCACAGCUUUGUCAUUCUGGGUACCACAGCCAACAGGACGCAGGCAUUGAAUUAUGGCUGUAUCGUGGCAAAUGCAGACACUCAGGAGGUCCAGCACUAUGUGGAGAAGCCCAGCACGUUUGUCAGUGAGAUCAUUAACUGCGGCAUCUACCUGUUCACACCUGCCGUUUUCCAGCACAUUGGCGAGGUCUUCCAGAGAAACCAGCAAGACCUAGUGCUGCCUCUUGCUUGCAGAGAGGAGAGCUCCAAUGGCUGGCAGCGUUCAGAAGUGAUCCGGCUAGAGCAGGACGUGUUCACAGCACUGGCUGGGAGGGGCAAGCUGUAUGUCUACAAAACUGAUGGCUUCUGGAGCCAGAUCAAGUCAGCUGGCUCUGCUAUUUAUGCCAGCCGCCUUUACCUGAACCAGUACAGCAAAAGCCACCCAGAGAGGCUGGCCCAGAACAAACCUGGAGGCCCUAUCAUCCGAGGGAACGUGUACAUCCACCCAACGGCCUCCAUCGACAGCACUGCAGUGCUGGGCCCCAAUGUCUCCAUUGGGGAGGGGGUGACAGUGGGAGCUGGUGUGCGCGUGCGAGAAUCCAUAGUCCUGCAUGGUGCCUCACUCCAUGACCACACCUGUGUCCUCAAUACCAUCGUGGGCUGGGACAGCACCAUUGGGCGUUGGGCACGGGUUGAAGGAACGCCCAGUGACCCCAACCCAAACGAUCCCUAUGCCAAGAUCGACAGUGAGACCCUUUUCCGGGACGGGCGCCUCACACCAUCCAUCACCAUCCUGGGCUGCAGUGUCACCAUCCCUGCUGAGGUUGUUAUUCUUAACUCCAUCGUCCUUCCUCACAAGGAGCUGAGCCGCAGCUACAAAAACCAGAUUAUCCUGUGAGUCAGCGGCUUGCUGGGGGGGGGAGGCAGUGCCAGCCCCCCACCCCCUGUCUCCCCCACCGCAAGAGCCUGUGCUGAGGCUUCACCUCCUGGGAGGUUCCCAGCACCCCCAGCGGGGUAGGUACAGGCCAGGAGACCUACAAGUGCCUGACUCCUACUCCAGUCAGACAUUAAAGCUGGUGACCAUCAGCCUUGCAUGCUGCUUCUCUUGCAGCCCAGGGACCAGCAGGGUGGAGGCUUCAGGGACAGCACGUAGCCUACGCACCAGGCUGUGUACCUAUGCAGGGAGCCCUGGGCUAAGGCUGGUGAGGAAUCGCUGCCUGCAGUGUCUUGGGUCCUAACUUUGGGUGUUUCUCCACCAAAGGGUACUACCAGCACUGUCUUGACACUCCUCAUCCUACAUCAAUUGCUCUCUGCAAGUCCCUGGAAGGACUUUGCCCAUCUCUGAGGCUGGGGAGCUUUCAGUCUUCCUGUCCUGUAUACGCAGCUCAGCGGGCUGGAGCCAGGCGUAAGGAUCCCGAUUUCAGCAAUGUGAUUGCAACAGCCUGAGCUGGGGUCCUGCCUACUUCUGGGAAAACAAGAGCAGCACUAGGCUUGUCCUAAGGGCACUGGCACAGGAGAAGGGCUGGGUUGGCAGGCUGCUGGCCCUGGAGGGAGCUGCAAAAGCACCCCUUCCCCAGCACCACUUCCACCCCCAAGGGCUCAGGAUGAGCUGAGAGAGCUGCCAGCCCUGCCCGCUCCCAUCAAAGUGAGAGGUGUGCAGGUUCAGGGUGAUGGUAGCAGACACCUGCCACCUUGGUGGGCCAACAGUCUCCUCUGCUCCAGUAUGGUUACAGCCUGUGGGCCUUGUUGCAUGACUCCCCUUGCACCAGCCACAGGGCAGCAGAGCAAUCAACUUACAUAUAUGUGCAGAGAUCUACUGUCUUGCUGUCUCAACAAACCAGCCUUUCUUGAAGGCACAGUCUGUCAAUGGUAACCAGCACUGCCCUUUAUACACCUCCCCAUCUUUGGCUCUGGUUUUGGAGCUCUGUGCUAAAGCCCUUUACUUCACGGAGGGCCCCCAUCACACCUCUUGCCUUCAGCAAGGUACUGCAGUAGAGAUUCUUAUCCAUCCCGUACCACCCCAGCUUGACAGAUUUGCAGUAAAUCCUUGCUCCCAGCUCUGUGCCUUCCUGUGCCAGUUCUCCUGGGGUCCUGGGCGGAGAUUAGCUCUUCCCUGGCUUUAAGCACAUUAAAUUCGUUCAGUUUUGUCUCUGC